AUGAGUGCUCGCGAAAAGAGAUCUAACCCCACGCCACCCGAGGAUGGGGGCUUCAUUUCCACGAUCUUGGGGCUAAUCGAUCUGCUUGCUCGGUUGUCUCGGAUUGGAAUCUCGCUGGUUAGAAUGCCUACCGUCUUUAUUGGUGUCUCUAAACUGGACAACAUGAAGAAGCGAGCACGAUGUAACUUCCUAGCACGAUUGUGGAACCUUGGUUCUGGCUGGCUGCGCUUCAGCGCCCUUUCGACCGCUGUAGGGUCUGUUUCCCCCUCCGUGACCCUAUCAGGCUAUCAAAAACAUGGGCUAGUGGGGUUCUUUUGGAUGUGGUGGGUUUGGCGCCAUAGUACCACGUGGAUCAUUGGCCGAAUCAUAUUGCGUCAGGGAGAUAUAACAUGGUUUCUUGGUACACAACAUACCACCACACUAAUCCUCGCAGCAAUCGUUGUGGGGUCGACCGUCGUGAACUACUCUGUUUUGUUUGGGCUUCUUGGUUGGGUCAUAUGUGGUGGCAUGCUUGCUAGUCCUCCUAUACCUUCUCUUUCGACCAUUUACACAUCCAUACACCAGGCACUGAAACUAGAGGACAACCGAGAUGAGGUACCAUGGCGUGAUGAGCAGGCUGGACAACCCACUACGACAGCGCAAACAUCAAGCUUUCAACGCUCAUCACUUCGCCCGCGGGCAUGUGAUCAAGAGAACCAAAAGAGUCGGUUAAUUCUAGCUGUUCAGGCUAUUCAAAACGAUCCCGAACGCAGUAUUUGGGGCGCAGCCAAGAUUUACAAUUCCUCCGCCUACCCUCGCGACUGCACGCCCAAAUCCCGGUAA